AUGCGAUUCCUCCACUCCUUGACGCCUGCCCUUGCGCUAUUUGCGGCUGGUGCCGCGCAAGCCGCCUCAUCAUGGGGAUUCGACAGUGCCACCGUUUCGAUUUCUGGAAAGGGCAAGGAUGCCACCAAGGAGAAGCUGAGCCCGACUGCUCCCCUCAAAAAGGCCCUCUCUCUUGAGGCCAAGGACACCCUUAAGGUCAUCCUGACGGCCAAGGAGGGUGACAAGGCCAAGCGCCCGCACCAGGCCUUCUUGAUUCUCAAGGAGACCGCGACCGGCCUUGAGGCCCCCUUCCCUCUUGAGCUCAAGGACACCGGCCGCGGUGUUGUCGACAUUUCGCAGAAGGACCUCCCGAUCCAGCUCCUCCUGGCUACUGAGCCCCUCAAGGCCAGCAUCGUCAUCGGCUCCUUCGGCUCCUCCAAUGCUCUCGAGACGACUCUCUUCGAUGUCGCCGUCAAGCGCGACGCCAACGCCGCCGCCCCGACCUACGAGGCGCCCGUCCGCUACGGCAAGCAGCCCGAGAUUCACCACAUCUUCAAGGAGGGCGACAAGAGCCCGCCCAAGAUCAUCUCGUUGGCCUUUGUCAUUGCCGUCCUCGCCACGAUCCCCGUGCUCCUCGUUGGCUGGCUCAACCUCGGCGCCAACUUCAACCACCUCCAAAAGGCCCUCUCUGCGGCGCCCCUCUCCCACGCCGCCUUCUUUGGCUCCAUUGUUGCCAUGGAGGGCGUCUUCUUUAUGUACUACUCCAGCUGGAAUCUCUUCCAGACCCUGCCCGCCGUCGCCAUUGUCGCGACCUCCAUCUUCCUGAGCGGCACCAAGGCCCUCAGUGAGGUCCAGAGCCGCCGUCUCGCCGGCCAGCGGUAA